CAAUAAACGGGUGCAAAGUGGAAAGAGAAUCCCAUUUCUUCCCUUGCUUUGUGUCCACUUUUUUGCUUUAUCCUGACACGGAAAAGGUGGCAGUUGUUUUCGUACCAUCUCGCUCUGGCACUGGCACCCUACGGCAACGAUUGCUUUCGCGGGGUUUGGCUGCAAGCCGCGCUACAUUUCGGUCGAUCGGCAGCCUGUAGCAACGUGAAUGCGUGUUCCCGUCCCGGCGGGAUCGCCGUUCCAGCCGUUGGAAGAGGGGACAGAUGAACAAAGCGCAAACCGUUAUGAAACCGCCGACAGGCGGCAGACGGUAAGCAAAGCGAAUGAGCCCUACGAUUUGGCCCUCCGUGUAUGUAUGUGUGGUAGACGGAAGAAAGAAGAACCUGCCCGUUUCGGAAGUACCCGACACCCGGCGCACACACACGCGGUCUCAUUUUGGGAAGUGACGUCGAGCGAAGUGCAUCGCAGCGCAUCGAUUUCGAUCGGUUUUUGUUUUAUCUUCGACCACAGGCAGGUGAUCAGGGUGAUCCGUUGUAUUCAAGCAGCCCAUCACCUGUAUGUGACACAACCCCGUCAUAAAUAAAUCGAAACGCUCUCUAUAUCCGGUGUUGAUAAAGUGUUUUAUCGCCAUGUUAGUGUAGUGCGUGUGACAGCAUGUCCAGUUGAUUGAACAGCAAAUCUUGGUGUAAGCACAUCCUUCAGCGCAGUCCAGUGAGUGUUGAACUACACGGUUACCAUGCCAAAAAGCGUUCCAAAGAGUGGCAACAGAGCUGGCACCUGUCAGCCAUCCGGCGGUGGAAGAAAGCGCAAACUGGAACCAGUUGCAUCCACCCCAUACCAGCAGGAUCGUCCCGCGACAGGAAAAAGGAUAUGCAUUCCAUCGGCAAUAGAGUCACCAACAUCCGCGAGCGUAAGCUCUACCACCCCGGAAACACCACCGUCCGGCCGUGGUGCCGUUACCGACUUUAUGCUGCAAGCACUCGGACGCAUUCGUGAGCUACAGGACGAGCUGGAUUUUCUGCAGAACGACCCGUACGCCGAGGAUACGGACGAUGAAGAUGAUAGCGCUAGACAUCCUCCCGUACAGGCGGGUGUGAUUGGUGGUCGGCAGGCGGAAGCGAUCGGGUGGGCCGUUUGUGCCCGGGAAACGAUGCAUUUUCUGCAACGUGAAGGCAUCCCACCGGAUAGCCCUUUGAUGGUGAAUCUACGCCAGCGGCUCAUCGGACGGGUGGACGAACCGGACGAAGGAUUGUCCUGCUAGGGCGUGCCUUGUUCGCGUCACGUUUCCAAACGUUUCUAGUCUGGGGAAGGGAACCGACCGGUGAGACUUUCUUAUUCACACUGCUUCUUGAUUCAUCUGGCAAAAAUGGAAAAGUAAUCGGCACCAGCUGGUGCGGAUUCCAGUUUCAGGUACCGGACGGCAGCUGCUCGAGCGAACUGAAGCACGUGCAUCAAACCUUCAAAUGGAUCAAUUCUUCAAAGAGGAAAUUCUAGUCAUCGCCAUGCAGAGUGUUGCAUGUUUAGAAAUAGUUUGCAUUUUUUUUAAUUCAUCCAUUACCUGUAAUACACCAAUAAAGCUUUUACCAAAAAUACGCAAAUGUUUUCUUUUACAAUGUUUGUAUACAAAAAAGAAUAACACAUUAAAAGCACACAAACAAACAAAAAAUGGGAAAUAAAUACACAUUCUGUCCGUCGUUUUUUUUUUCACAUUUCAUUUAUUUAUUUGAAGACGUAUAUAAAUCGUUUACUGUACAACUAGAAAACAUGCUAAUUCGUUUCACGACCUAAGAAUAAUUAGUAGGACCUUUGAUUUUUGCGCAUUGAAUUGUGCAUGCCAUUUGCUACACGCUACAGUAUAAUAAAUUCAUCUUUUUGAUCUUCUCCUGUUUUAACUUCAUAAU